GCGCGGCACCCCCUCCCCCCCCGCCCCAUUAAACCGCCCCUCUCCAAAUAAAUCAGCACCAUGACUACUUCUGGGCAUGGAACAAAGAGGAUGCUCUCCCGGGGCCCCGUGCUGCUCCUGGCACUGCUGGUGCUCCUGUGCGAAGUGGUGGAGAGCCGAGGAGGAAUCAUGGACAGCAUGCAGAGAUUUUCAAACCUGCCAACCUAUCUCCCCGCGAGCUAUCAGAUCUGCAAUGCUGAUGUUUUCUUCUUCCUCAAAGAAGCCAACCAGGAUAUCAUGAGGAACUCCAGUUUGCAGUCUAGGGUGGAUUCAUUCUUUAUAUACAAAGCCAAACUGCCACCUGUCCUAAAUGCCACGUAUGGACCUUUUUCUGUUGAACAGGCUGUUCCCUUGGACCUCAUGCUGACUACUGCAUCUUUUGGUUUCACAGAUAAAUUCACUUUUAACUGGAAAUUAAAAUCGCACAUACUCGACAGCUCGAUAUAUUCCAACAAACCUAAAAUACAAACCUUGUUCUAUAUUGCGGGGAAGGACUGGGAUGACUAUAAUUCUGCGGAGACAUUGCCUUGUGUGAAGAUGUUUGCUUUCCUGGAAUCUAGAGAAGUUGUGGCCAGCUGUAGGUUAAAAGGUCAUCUAGGAUUAUGUGUCGCAGAGCUGGAAUUGUCUCCUAGCUGGUUCAGCUCUCCUCCACCACUGGUUUCAGAGCAAAUGGCCUCCUUGGAAGGGAUUACUGUGGAGCUCUUCUAUAAGAUUUAUACAACAGAUGGGGAAUGUUCUCCUGAGGAUGCAGCAUGGGAAAACAAUAUCCAUGCCAGUGAAGAUAACGAACGCAAGGCAUUGCCAGCUAUGGAGAGGAUUGGUAGCAUCAUUGUUUAUCCAAAUCAAGACAAAUUAAGACAGUCUGCAUUGAAGCUAGAUGAUAAUGUCAUGAUCCGCUUACCGCUUAGCCCCGUAAAAGAAGGCGAUGUUGUAACCUUUCAUGUUUCCCUUACCGAUGACUCUCUAGCAGAUCAGUUUGUAUUAAGAAUUAAGACGGCCCCAGGUGUGAAGAUAACGGAUGUCAGAGUGAGUGAUGCAGACCAGUGGGGAAUUCAGGAGGAGACGGACAGUGAGAGGACCACGGCCAUUAUCACGUGUGUGCACAACGAUCCAACCGCCGAGAAUAGAGCAAACAUCUCCUCCUAUGAGAUCCUGCAGAUGGACUUUGAGAUCGACAACAGCAGCAGCCUGACAGGGGCCCAGCAAAUUACCUGGCAGGUGGAAUACCCUCGAGAUGACUCCGUGAGCGAACUAGUGGUCUCCGAGAUCUUUGUCAGCCGAACUAUGUUUGUGGGAAUAGUUCCUCUUGCAAUGGACACAGAAGUCCUCAACACAGCCAUCCUGACGGGCAAAACAGUGUCUGUUCCGGUCAAGGUUGUUGCCGUGCAGGAGGAUGGGGCAGUGGUCGAUGUUUCCGAGUCCACUGAAUGCAAGUCAGCAGAUGAAGAUGUCGUAAAGGUUUCUGACAGAUGUGACUCCAUCUUUGUUAAUGGCAAGGAAAUGAAAAGCAAAGUGGAUACUAUUGUUAACUUCACUUACCAGCAUUUUACCACCCAAUUAGAAGUGACAGUCUGGGUUCCACGGCUUCCCUUGCAGAUUGAGAUCUCUGAUACAGAGCUUAGCCAGAUCAAAGGCUGGAGGAUACCAGUCACCUCCAAUAAAAGGCCUACCCGUGACAGUGAGGAUGAAGAAGAUGAUGAGAAAAAGGGAAGAGGUUGCACUCUUCAAUAUCAGCAUGCCAUGGUGCGAGUCCUCACACAGUUUGUAGCUGAAUCCUCUGAUUUUGGAGGCCACUUGACCUAUAUGCUAGGUUCUGAGUGGCAGUUUGACAUCACUGACCUUGUGACUGAUUUCAUGAAGGUAGAAGAACCCAAGAUUGCUAAGCUUCAAGAUGGCCGAGUUCUGGUUGGUCGUGAGCAUGGCAUCACCACGGUCCAGGUUCUGUCACCUCUUUCCGAUUCCAUCUUGGCAGAGAAGACAGUGAUAGUCCUAGAUGACCGUGUAACGAUUACAGAUCUAGGAGUUCAACUAGUUUCAGGCUUGUCCCUCUCUUUGCAAAUCAGCAAAGGAAAUAAGAGAGCUAUUGUUUCUACCACCUCUGCUUACGAUAUCCUUCAUACUCCAAAACAGGAAGCCAUAGUCAGUGCUUGGCUUUUGUUCAGCGAUGGAUCAGUGACACCUUUAGAUAUUUAUGACUCAAAGGAUUUCUCAAUCACCAUCACUUCACUGGAUGAGAUGGUAGUGUCUGCACACCAAAAUCUUCAGUCAAAAUGGCCUAGUGUAGUAGCAGAAGGGGAUGGGCAAGGACCUCUGAUUAAAAUUGAAAUGGUCAUCAGCGAGCCAUGUCAAAAGACUAAGAGAAAGAGCAUUCUGGCUGUUGGAAAAGGAAGUGUCAAAGUGAAGUUUGGUCAAAAAGAUUCUGACCACAAAGGAAGCACCAAUGAUAUUGAUGAUGUGGAUAGAGACUUUAAAAGCCAUGCAAGCAAUUCUAUAGAGAAGCCUGCAGAACAAGAGAGGACAGUACAAGAAUGGUCUAAAAACGGAGCUCUUGGUAGUCAUGAGGACAAUGCAAACAAAAGCACAACUUCCAAAUCUCCCAUUGAUCAGGAGUCACUGGAGGAUGACCAGCUCCAAAAUAACCCAACUGCCUUCACAGGUUUCCCUACACAAGUAGAAUUACCAGAGCAAAACAAUCCGAAUGAUCUUACAUUGACUUCAAGAGGAUUAACAGAUUUGGAGAUUGGCAUGUAUGCCCUGCUCUGUGUCUUCUGCUUAGCAAUCUUGGUCUUUUUGAUUAACUGUGUGGCUUUUGCUUGGAAGUACAGACAUAAAAGGUUUGCUGUGAGUGAGCAGGGCAACAUCCCCCAUUCCCAUGAUUGGGUCUGGCUUGGAAAUGAGGUUGAACUGCUGGAAAACCCAGUUGACAUUUCACUCCCGUCAGAGGAGUGCACUACCAUGAUUGACAGAGGAAUGCAGUUUGAAGAAAGCAACUUUCUUCUUAAUGGAAGUUCUCAGAAGACUCUUCAUAAUCAUAUCCUCAGAUCUUCUGAGUACAUUUGUGAAAAAGAAGUUAAAAGUGAACCUAUAAAUUCUUCUGGGCCAAAGCAGAAGCGUGUAAAGUUCACUUCAUAUACAACAAUAUUGCCAGAGGAUGGAGGUCCCUAUACCAACUCAAUUCUAUUUGACAGUGACGAUAAUAUUAAAUGGGUAUGCCAAGAUAUGAAUCUUGGUGAUUCCAAGGAACUUAGGGACUAUAUGGAAAGACUGCAAGACAAUAUGUAAAACUACUUUCUUAUGUUUGUAAUCACCUUUAUGCCUUCUGUUUAUGGAUGGUGGAACAGUCAGUCCAGUCAGCAAUAGGAACAAGAGAGUCCAACCUUCGAGGUACUGAGAUAAUAACUUGAUAUCACUGAGCAGGUACAAGAGGCUGGCUGAGUUAAACCUGUUUCACCAUAAACCAGGAUGUGCCCCUAAAACAGCUACCUGUAGGUGUUGGAGGUGUCACAUGACGGCUGUUUUUGUAUACUGCCUGGUACUAGCAAAAUGCUAAUACAACUACGCUCAGACUCAGAGGAGACUUCAUUUGUUUAUCUCUCAUGAUAAAUGGUAAAUAAGAGAUGAGAGGGAUCUUUGCAUUGAUUUUUUCUAGUUGUCGUCCUUUGUAAAGCACAGUGGACAUUUCUUGCUUACAGCCUGAAACAAGGCUUACAUUAAAAGGGAUCUGAAUGAAUCUGAUUUUAUUGCUUAUGCGCAAUACAGCCAAGUAGUCUUACUAUUUUUUUACACAUAUAAAAGCCCCAUGUGGUUCUUCAUAUUGUUUAUGAAUUUUAUUUGACUUAGGGAACAUUAGAUUUUUCUUUGAAGAUUUUUUUUGGUUGUACCAAAGUGUAGUACAGUAAUAUUUAUAAUGAUCCAAGUUUUCUAUUCAUGCACAUCAAUCCAUAGAGAUACCUCCUUCACCACUUAUUAUCUUUCUCCUUUCCAUGUGGGUCUUUAAUAUUUGAGACAUAGAAAGGUGUUAGAACUCUUACUGGGAAAGGGUUGUCUCUUCUUACAGGGAACUGUAAAUACAAUAAUAAACCCUGGAAAAUAAAAAUCAAGGAGUAGCCUUGGGUUUACUUUUGUCACUGAUGACCUGAAAAGGUGACCUGCAACAAAACAGCAUGUAUUUCAAAGAAAAAUGCUUUUGUUGAAACGGCAACUUGGUUGGUGACACAUAUUAAUAUCACAAUGAGAAAUUCAAAUGUGGUAUUGAAAUGCAUAGACUAGGAAGGAAAUUUCCUGGCAAAUAAGUGAAGACUUGAAACCAGUGUUACUCUGUACUGAUAAAAUAAUACAUUGAUGAUGGAGUUUACCAGUACACUGAAGUCCAUAUACAAGGGCUAGUACCCCAGAUCUUGCCUAAAACAUCCCUGACCAUAAGGCUGCUGAAAAGAAGAUCUUCAUGUCGUAUUUCAUUAAAAAAGGAAGAAAUGACAACACACACUGGACACCUUAAAAAAUGACUAUUCCCAAAUUUAAGGAAAACAUCAUGCUGGAGAGUCAAAGCUGCCAUUUCAUGUACAUUACAUAUAUUUUCAUAUUGAAGGAUAACUGAAAUAUGUUGAAAAUUCCAGUUAGCAAAAAAUGAAUCUAUAAAAUGCUUAACAAAAACAAUACAGUACAUAUUCUUGUGAUGGAUCCUGUGAAAUAAACACAAGAUCCAAACUACAACACUACAACUGCCUUAUAUAUCCUAUUCCCCAACUUUUAGGUAGAUCAAAAUCAGAUUUGAAUUUUAUAAUCCAGUCUUGAUUUUAGAACAGGCCAGACAACCUAUACUCUGGGAAAUUAUGCAUUUGGAUCCUGAUCCAAUCUGGGAACACCUUUAGUAUAAUUACUAUGCUAUAAUCUCCAUGAGGACACUGCAAAGGACAAUGAGGGUGUCAGGCCUAUGUAAGUGAUAAGAGACUUAUGUUUGCUGCCACUAAACUGCAUAGUAAGGGAUGGCAUAUACCAGUCUUAAGCAGGUCAACUGACCAUAAAGAUGCUUCCAUUUGAAAAGGGAUAUGGUACUUGCGGGUCAAGUGAAAUCUCAGGAUGUUUAAGAUUCCCUCCUCUCUACAUGAUCCAGGCCUCACAAGGAAAUAAUUAUUUCAUACUAUGAUCCUGAGUAUUAACAACAGAAAAAUCCUUGUUUAAAAUUCAGCAUCUCUUCCCACUGUGUUAUUUUGUAUUUGGCCCAAGCAUAAACCAAGAGUAUUGCUUGCACAAGACUAAAUGAAUAUAAAUUGAUCACAAAUAAAUUUAGACUAAAAAUCAGAGGAAACAACCUCCUUAUGGAAGUUGCAGAGGACAAACAGCAUAACUGUUUUCAUGAAUGCACCUCCAUCAGUUUACCAGUGAAACUGUAUGAUCUUACAGCAGUGUGCUGGACUUCGUGACCCAUUUCUUACUGUAGUCCCUAGUCUGCUAAGUACACCAGUAAAUGCCGAACUCCAUCCCUAGUCAGUAUGGCAUCUCAGCACACUGCAUGCAAAGGCACUUGUAGUUGUGCUUAUAUGCUCUUCUGAAUCAUUAACAGGGAAUGGAAGUCAGAAACUUUAUUUAUUUAUUCAAGAAAUUUCCCCCUCAGGGGAUAUGGCUUGAAACACUGAGUAUCACUAAGUUAGGGUGCCCCUCUACUGCCAUAUUGAUGUGCCCUUGACCUUGCACUUGAGGCCUAGUCCCUAGCUGGCUAUAGUACCUAGAGACUGAUAGAUGUUCAGGCUGCACGCUACCGUGCGGAAGAGACUUUGAAUGUAGAGGCGGGACAGUUCUACAUGCUGUGAGGACACUCCAAAAGCCUCCACAGGAGACCUGAGGCUUUUUUCAGCAUUUAUGUGGCUUGAAACCCCUGUGCACUCAGAUAUUUUUACCAAAGAGAGUUAUAAAUGCAGGGUUCCAGGACUGUUACUGCUGAACCAGAGCUAGUUCCAUGCUGGUAUUUGUAUGUAUAGAAAACACUCUUCAGUAGAAACUCAAGGGUAAAUACGAGCCUAGAAAAGUUCUAGCUCAAGUACAGCACCUAGUAGCAUAGUCAAAUUUGACUUAUAUAAGGACUUACAAGGUCUUAUCAGGCACAGUGGCUGAAUAUGGGGUUAUGAGUCCUGACAUCUGCACUCACUUAGGCAUCAUCCAUCGCUAAGUUAAAAUACAAAAUACAGGCAGUUAAAAAGCUAAGGAGUAUGGCCACUACUGGUGUAUUAUUAGAAAAAACAAGAAUUAGCAUACGGCCUUCCACAGAAAAGACUCCCUUCCUCCCUGCCCAAAUCUGGCAAUGGGGGAAAAAAAAAAAAAAAUCUGCAACUGCAGGGUCAUAAACCACUUUUUUUUUUUUUUUUAAAUCACAUGUUGUUACAUGAAAGUUCUUACAUGGAAAAAUGGCAAUACAUGAAACAAAGAUCAGAAGUGAGAAGAGAGAGUUCUGUUCUCAGCAACACUGGGAUAAUGCCAUUAAAACAAGUAGAGUUAUUCUGGAUUUAUGCUGGUUUAAGAGCUUAUGUUACUUCUCACAAAAUCAGAAGGAAAAGAAUUUAGAUGAAUAGAUUUGAUGCAAAAUGAUAGUUCUGAGUUGAUGUAUGACUAUGAAAAAUACUGAAAUGCAGUCAUCUUAAAUGAAGUAUCUCAAUUUUUAGUUUUGAAAUUAUGGCAUACUUUAAAUGUAAGUAAAAUGAAUUAAAAUUAUUGAAAACAAAAUUAAAAAUUUUGAUUCAUCCAAUUUUUUUCUUUUUGGUUCAAUCAAUGAGUCAAAAAACUUUAAAAAAAAGUCUUAUUCACUCAGAUGUAAUAUUCAGUAUUUUGCUGUGCUGUUAAAUGACCAUCAUUUGUAUGGCAAUAAAAGAAUCUCUGCUUCUGAGAUUACUAAGCAAAGGAAGCAAGCAGAUUAAGAGGCAGACUAUUUAUGUAAGCAAGAAACUAGAAUUGACUAAAAAGAAAAUAAAAACUAUACUGACAGAUUAAUUAGAUUUAUACUUCAGUAGUUGCCCAGGGAAGCAACCUGUAAUUUAAUGCUACAUAAACAGUACAUCUUAUUUAUGGCAUGCACAGAAAGACAUUGUGGGCAAGUUUCUUUUCCUGCUAUCGAGGAAAGAGAAUAUGUAGUAUCAAUACAUAUACCAGGAGAUAUCCAGGAAAAAUUGUAUACACAUACAGUGGAUUAAUGAAAUACAGGAAGUUUGUGAACUUUAUAAAUAAAGCUUAUGCCAGAUCCUCAGCUCUUGUAAAUCAGAGCUGAGUGACUUAUGCCAGCUGAAGAUCUGACACAUAGAGAAUACAGAAGCAAGAGCUAGUUUUCAUCUGUGCAGAACUUUUUCUUUCAUUUGGACAUUACAUGGCCUAGCACCAUGUGGCUUGUCUACGCAUUCUUUCUCAUUUAAGUAAGAGUUUAGGAAACCAGUGCCCUGCUCUCCUCUUGAUGUAGGACCACACAGAUUAAUGUUUUGAGCUGCUGUUUCUUAAUUCAUAUUGGAGAAUGUACAAGAAACUCUUACAGCCAUAUGACACAGUACAAACAGUCCAUUAUAUAAUGGAAAAUAUUUGUAUUUCAAGGUAGCGUACCCUAUGAAUGAAAUACCAAUUUUUCAUAGAAGAUAUGCUCCUUUCUGAAAUAUAACUCAUGUGCACUACAUUGAAAUACACUUUAGUGUAUUGUGAAAUGCAUACAUUAAUUGCUGAAUCUAUAACACUGAAUAUGUAUAUACAUCACACCCAAAAUAUUUAUACAAUAUAGUAAGUCUUAGAUGUGUAACAUAAUGAAUUCUGUACAAAAUAAACUGUAAGUUAAGACAAUGAAAGAGAACUUUUAUAUCUGUGUAAUUUGUAUGAUAAGUUAUUCAGGCCUCAGUUUUCAUCUUUAAAUGUGUCCUUUAAAAAAAUGUUCAUUUUCUAUAGACAGAUCUCUGAAAUAAAGUCUUCACUCUUCAGAAAAGAAGCAAUUGAAAAACUGUGAAAAAGACAGAUUCUGCUGGAGAAAUAAACAUACUGUUGAUGUGAUUUUUAAA